AUGGCUGCUAACGCCGCGACGAGGGCGCGACGGGUUGCCAAAGGAGACACCUUGGCAUGUAUUCUCCUGCCGAUCGUGGGAAAGCUCCGCUGGCACAAGCACACGGAAGAGCUGGCAUGGGCAAUCCGGUGGACCAAUCCUAUUAUGGUAGAACUAGCUAAAGAAGCCCGAAGAAAGAGCCUUUUGGAUGGGGCUAGGGCAUUUGCUUCAGAAGGCAAGCAUAAACUCCAUGGCUCACUGAUCGAGAGUUUGCUUUUGGUGAAGUCUUUGAAUGAAGGGCCGCUCAUCAAAGAUCGGGAGAAUCCAACAGUUGAGAUCGUUAUAAGCUUAUCUCUUCGCAUCGGGCCUGAGACUAGGGCUGUAAGAAGGGCCCCUCCUCCUGGCUUCAAUCAGCCCCAUACUGAUUCAAGGGCUAUGCAUCGAAAUGAGGAUCCCUUGUUGGAAGAGCACCAGCAGGAAAUCCCCCCAGAGUGCGCUGUCGAUCAAGGCAGGAAGCCAACUAAACUAGCAUUAUUGAGUGCGACCAGUCAGCUAAGUCCUUUGUUCGAGCAAAGAAUGAGAGCAAGUCGCUGA